GGGUCGGAAGUGGCGGCGGCUCGGCCGAACCCGGCGAGGCCACGUCUGUUUCGGGGCUCCGCUCCUUGGCCGGGGCCGCGGGAGCAGCGCGGGCAGCGCAGCCGGACCCUCGUCGCGCUUCCUCCUCUCCUUUCCCUCAGCAGCUGGUUCGUAGCGAGGUCUCGGCGGCGGCCGGGCGCGACAGCAGCGACAUGUCGGACUUGGGGGAUUGGUUCCGGAGCAUCCCGCUGAUCACCCGCUACUGGUUCGCCGGCUCCAUCGCGGUGCCGCUCAUCGGCAAGCUGGGCCUUGUGAGCCCACUCUACCUCUUCCUCUGGCCCGACGCCUUCAUCAACCGCUUCCAGAUCUGGCGGCCGAUAACUGCAACCUUCUUCUUCCCUGUGGGACCUGGAACAGGAUUUCUCUACUUGGUGAAUUUGUAUUUCUUGUAUCAAUAUUCAUCACGGUUAGAAACAGGGGCCUUUGAUGGAAGGCCGGCAGAUUACAUGUUCAUGCUCCUGUUUAACUGGAUCUGCAUUGUUAUAACUGGCUUGGCAAUGGACAUGCAGUUGCUGAUGAUUCCACUCAUCAUGUCAGUACUUUACGUGUGGGCUCAGCUGAACAGAGACAUGAUUGUAUCAUUUUGGUUUGGAACAAGAUUUAAGGCCUGUUACCUUCCCUGGGUUAUUCUGGGAUUCAACUACAUCAUUGGUGGAUCAGUCAUCAAUGAGCUGAUAGGAAAUCUGGUUGGACAUCUGUAUUUCUUCUUAAUGUUUAAAUAUCCAAUGGAUUUGGGAGGAAGGAAUUUUCUGUCCACACCUCAGUUCCUGUACCGCUGGCUGCCAAACAGGAGAGGAGGAGUGUCUGGGUUUGGUAUCCCACCUGCUAGCAUGAGAAGAGCUGCAGAAGAUCAGCAGGGUGGUGGAAGACACAACUGGGGCCAAGGUUUCCGACUAGGGGACCAGUGAAGAACUCCUGCUCUUGGGAAACAGCAACUCUUUGGUUUUAAUGGGACGUAGAACCGACCCUUCCUGGUGCAGAGCAUGCUUAAGAACUGAGCUCUCUCUAGUACUGUCGGAUUUAACUGUUUAGAAAGAAUGUUUCUGGCUCAAGUGAAAGUUAAAAACUCCAGAAGGGAAAAAUGUAGAUGAUGCUCCAGGUUAGCCAGUAGUGUCCAAUUUGAUUCUGCCAUUAAAAAAGCCUUUGUAUACAGUAUUGUCUGUCUGCCACAGCGGGCAUCCAUUGUGCCAUCUUGUUCUAUGAUCAGACAGACCAGCGAACACUGCUCUGUCUCACCUGAUAUGUUAAAGGCUGUGUUGACCAUAGGAAAGUAAGAACCCAGUGUGAGGCAGAUGGGUCAAAGGACCCCAAAGUUUAGGAACCCAAUUUUUUUCCCCAUAGCUAUGCUUAAGUUCCAAGGUAUUCAGAAACAUUAUUUGAUAUCUCCCUGCUGCAUUCAUAAAGCAAAGUGCAAAUGUUUUGUUUCCAUUAUUAAGCUGUGUUUUGAGGGGAGGUUUCCCUGGCAAGACUAAGGAUAAGAGGGCUUUCGUUUGAAAUGGCAAUAACAGGUAUCCACAGAAAUGAAAUCUCUGAACUCUCAUGGCAUGUUACAAGGCUUGCUCUGUUUAAGAUGAAGUUGUCUGGCUUAUUGUUUUUUGUUUUUCCCUGAGAUCUGUGAAUUCUUGGCUUCAGAGUUUCUUUUUUGAUUGCACAAUUGGGUAGCACAAAUACAACUUAAACUAGAAAAUGUAACGUAUCAUUGUGGUUAAUCUAAAGGGUACUGACUGCAGCAUUACGUUUGUUAACUGAAUCUUCAGCUUUCUCUUAAAAGCUUUAAGACCUCAAAGAAUCAAAGCUGGAAAUAAACUUUUUCAGGGUCUAGACACAAUAGAACAGAUUGCUUUACUACAGAACUCUUUCAUUGUCAAAUAAGAAAUUAUGUAUACUGUUUAUUAGUAUUACUUUUUCGGUAAAGCUUUUUGACAUGGAAAAGGGAAUUAUUCUGUACAGUGGUUUUCCUUGUACUAGGUUCCCAUGGGCAGAGCACAGGGCUGAGAUCCAGGAAGCUGUAGUGCUCACUUGUCGCUGACUCACCACAUGGACUUGAGCAAACUUCUUGCUUCUCUCAGUUUUCCCAGCUGUAAGGAGGACUCGUGUGUGUCUUGUAGCGUUCCUAAAAGGUAGCUGUCCCUGAUGGCCCUAGGUCAUACUGGUAGUGAGUAAGGUAAGCCUUAGGCUUACAGAAAUGACAACACUUCAGCUAGGAGCACAAGUACUCUAAGCUUAACCAAGACUUCUAAGUUGGCACGUAGUUGCUCACUUUUUGUUUUAUAGUUGAAGGAAGAAGAACGUCACUAGGAUAAGAUUCAAGUCUGACGGAAUAUCCCUUUAGUGUUUGUCUUUUUACUGAGUGGGUAGGGCACAGAAAGCUGUUCUGCCCCAACUUGGGUAUCUCAGGAAUCUCUAAGUAGGUGAAAUGAGUCUGGGCCAAAAGAUUUUUAUUACCAAAUUGUUUCUUCACUAAACCUGGGUUCUAAAGGUUUAAAAAAUUGUAAAUACUAUGUGAUGUGAAACUAAGUGGAAAAUAAGCAGCUGGGCUGAAGGCUUUCAGCUGGCUUACUUAAAAAAAACCAUGCAUGCUCCAUUUCUUCACUGCAGCUCAAUUCUGUUGAUUUGGCUUGUGGAAAAAUGUAGAAAACUAGUAAUGAUCACAUUGUGUGCUUAGGUUUUACAGGAGCUGGGAGCUCAGAAAUCACCUGCCAUGUUUGUCCAUUCAGUGAGGAGCUUAAAGAUGCUCUUGUCUUUUCUUUGUAUAAAAUGGUAGGUUGAGAAGAGGAUGGCAGUGUUGUAAAGACUAAUCUUUGAUGCUAACUUGAAAAGUCUGAGAACCAUCGUUUUUGUAGGAGUCAUGAUGCAACUGGUCUUCUAAGUCACAGUAAUAUCACUGUCUCCAAAGAAUUUGUCUUCAUUUUGAGUCAGGACCUAACUGUUAAGUGAAGAUGCAAUAGCUUGUUACUCAGCUAAAACCCUGGCACACUCAAAUUGCAGAACAUCUUUGUGUACAGAAGGCCAGAAGAAAGGCUUGAGUGGGAGGAAGCCUGGCAAAAGUCAUUGUCCUGGCCCAGUGCACUGUGCUGGGUCUUGCUUUCUAGUACAUCCUUCUUCUGUAAACUAAGAGGAAAAGGUUUGCAAGGAAAAUAGACUUCUGAUAAGUCUUGAUUAGCUUUUGAGCUGCUUCAGGUCAAUUUACUUUGCUUUACGGAAAAUUCACUUCAGAAUUCCAUAUUAUGAGCUGAGUGUGUUCAUUUCUCACUUGUCACUUGAGCUGAAGCACUGUUUGUCCUCCAGCAUACACUGACAAUGAGUACCUCCUUUCUUAUUUUGUACAGAUAAUUUCCCUUUUUGUAAUCAAUUUUUGUUGGCAAAGUUUUAAAUUAAAGUUUUAAUCUCA